AUGUGCUGUAUUCUCCGCAAUGCUUACAAAGUGUUCGAUAGAAUUACCCAACGACACAGUUUUACAGGAAACGACAUACGUAUUUUAUGUUACGUUACUUUGCCCCAGAAAUAUUCAUACACGAAUCCAAUCGAUCUUUACGCUCAAGAGGAGGACAGUGUAAUAUCAUGUACAUCGAAAAUUUCGAAUUUGGUAAGAAAAAACAAGCCGGAGGAAGCUGUUGGUUUGUUCAAAACGAAUUUUAUGAGUGAUCAAAGGCCGAAUUAUGUAACGGUAUUGAAUGUAGCCGGUGCCUUUGGUGCAUUGAAUUGUUUAGAAUUGAUAAAAAUGGUUCAUGGGCUGGUCAUCAAAAUGGGGUUUCAAUCAGAAGUGGUGGUUUUAACGGCUAUUCUUGGUUUUUAUUGUGAUCAUGACAUGGCAGUUGCCUGGAAAUUAUUUGAAAAAAUAUCGAAUAAAGAUGUUGUUUUGUGUAGUGCAAUGGUUGCAGCGUGCGUGAAAAAUGCCCUGUACAUUGAAGCCGUUGAAUUGUUUAGGGAAAUGCAGUGUUACGGUGUCAAACGAAAUCAUGUUACUGUUAUGAGCAUUUUGCCUGCUUGUGUUUAUAUUUCUGAUGGUCUAUCUCUUGGCAAGCAGAUUCAUGCAUUUUCAAUAAGGCAAGGGUUUAUUUCGUUUACCAACGUCCAAAACUCUCUUGUGGAUAUGUAUGCAAAGUGUAAGGAUCUUGGGGCCUCCAUUCGGGUUUUCGAUGGUAACUGGAAGAAGAAUUUAAUCUCAUGGAGGAUUAUGAUCCGCAGUUGUAUUGAGAAUGAUUGCACCAGAAAAGCGUUGGGUUUCUUUUCAUUGAUGCAAUUUCGUUGUUUUGAACCAGAUGAAACUAUGAUUGGGGACAUACUUGUGGCAUUAUUACAAUUGGAAGAGACAACAUUUGGAUUGUCAUUUCACUGCUACCUAUUAAAAAAGGGAUUUCUCAAUUUUUCUUUCCUUGGGACUACGCUUCUCCAUAUGUAUGCUAAGUUUGGUGAGUUGGGUAUGGCUAGGAAUUUGUUUGAUCAGUUGAUUCACAAAGAUCUCAUUGCCUGGAGUGCAAUGAUCUCUGUAUAUGCCCAAGGAGGGCAGCCUUAUAAUGCUUUAACUACAUUUAAACAGAUGCAAUUGAAGAAUGAAAAACCUAAUGAGUUCACUUUUGUUAGUCUGCUGCUGGCAUGUUCUUCAGUGGGAGCUCAAGAGCUCGGGGAGAGUAUACAUACCCAAUUAAUUAAAGCAGGCUACACAUCAAACUCAUACUUGACAUCAGCCUUGAUUAAUUUUUACUGCAAAUUUGGUAGGAUGAAGCAAGGAAAGGCUCUUUUCGAUGACAUUUCUAGUAAAGAUCUAAUCUGCUGGAGUUCAAUGAUUAAAGGGUAUGGAAUGAAUGGGUAUGGAGAUGAGGCUCUUGAAACUUUCUCAAACAUGUUGGAUUCAGGGGUAAUGCCCAACGACGUUGUUUUUAUUUCUGUUUUAUCUGCUUGUAGUCACUGUGGACUAGAAUAUGAAGGUUGGAGCUGGUUUCACUCUAUGAAGGAGAAAUAUGACAUUACCCCGAAACUUUCGCACUAUGCUUGCAUGGUGGAUUUGCUCAGUCAUCAAGGGAAAGUCGAAGAAGCCCUUGAAUUUGUCAAAAAAAUGCCUGUGAAACCUGAUAAAAGAAUCUGGGGAACACUUAUUUCUGGUUGCAGAUUAGCACGCGGAUCAAUUGAGAUAGCAGAGUACGUGGUUGAAUGA